GACGCCUAAUCAAUUUAAACUCGCAUUUUUAUCUUCAGACUUUACAACGACGAUCUCACGAGAGGAAUGGAAAUUGCGAUAGGAAUUGCAGUACACGAUUUUGAACCUUUAGAGCGAGAUCCAUCGAUAUUAAGCUUUAAAAGGAAUGAUAUCGUCCAUAUACUCAAUAAGGACGCAUCUGGUUGGUGGGAUUGCGAAGUAAACGGUGUCAGAGGUUGGCUACCUAUGAAUUACGUUACUGAGGAUAUCGACGCUUUUUACGACAACAGCGAAGACGAGCAGGAUCAUAGCGCAGACGAGCAAGACGAAGAAGAUAUCAAAGAUACCCUCGAUAAAGCUCUAGAAGAGCAGAAUCAGCCACACAAGGAGUCUCCAAUAGUCGCCGUUAGGAAUGCAUUGACACUAGUAAAAUCAGCCGUCAUUUCCAGUCGAUUGGCACAUCUACAGCCCGCUACAGCUUGUGUUAUUUCCUCCGUUAGAGCGCUUUUAUCUGCCGCAGAUGCCCUCAACAAGGAUUCUUCUAGUAACAAGAUAAGCGCAUCAAUAGCAGACAAUAGGCGUAAUCUUCUAUCUUUACUAUCCAGACUAGUUGUGCAGAGCAGACUUGUCAUGAAAGAAGCUCUACAAUCCUCAAACAAAGUCAUUCUCAAUGAAGACCUCGAAGAAGUUAUUCCAAUGGCUGAUCAAGUUUUGGUCUUGGCGGAGAAUUUCGUAAAACUAUGCGAGUCUUAUGGUAUCAAUCUCGUUGAAGAUAUUACUCCACAUUCUUCCCCCCACAUGUCUCAACUAUCACAACUUUCUCCGAAGUCACAGCGUUCAAUGUCUAGCAACAAUAAUCAAAAGUCCCUGAUGCACAGGCAAGCUUCUAGGCUUUCAAGGAUGACUUCUUACGAUUCAUUCAAAAGUUCUGCUGCGCAAUCUGUAGCUUCUUCAGCAGCUUCUCUGGUCCUCAACAACUCGCACGAUUGGGCCGACUCAUCAAAUGAAGAUCAUCUAGAAGAUCAGAGCUCUUCAGAUCAGACCUUUAGCAGGCUUUUGUGCGUUAUCAAUGAUGCUUUGAAAUCUACAAUCGCAGCAGCAUUAGGACACAUCCAUGCUAUGCCAAAUGAAAAUCACGCAACAGCUAGCAUACACUUAAUUGAUUUGUUAAAGGAAACGAUAGCAAUCGUAAAGCGCCUCUUGACAGUUUUACAAUCAAUUCAACAAAAUGGACCAUUGAAUACUGUAGUACCGAGAGAUGGUAUGAUGCUCGAUGAAACUAUCAGAUUAACUUAUCUUUCAACUGAUGAUUUGGUAGCUGCUGCAGAAUCCCUACUUUUUGCCAAACCUAGAAGAUCAAUGAUAGAUACUACCCAGGAAUCAAAGAGGCAUCAUCUUCUGAAAUGUAUAAUGCAAAUUCACAAGAUUUCUACAGAAGCAUUUGAAAUUUCUUCGAGAAUGAUCGAAUAUGCGUCAACGGCAUCUAUACCAUUAAGUUUAAACGCAAGCAUACCAAGUCAGCAAUCUACGUUUAGUCUGCAAGAUAUUACAAAUAAUGGAUGUAAUCAACCAAUACCAGAGCCAGCUCUUCAACCAAGGGAGAAUCAGACAGAAUUUAAGAGACAACAUAGAAGACAACAGACUUUGUCACUGUUUGACAGAAGAGCUGCAAGUCUUACUUGUCUCAAAGAUCAAUUCCAAGGUAAUACUGAUUAUAAUGAAGAGGUGGAAGAUGUCAAAGAGACUCUCACGACGCCAACAAUGAAAGACAAAUUUGAUCAAGAUAUCGAGAAUAAUAGACCAGAAAGUAGAGCAUCACAGGCUACUACUGUAUACGCACCUCAUAUAAAGUUUACGAGCACAGAUAACCUUAAUACGCCAACUCAGACUGAGCAUUUGAAGAAUUUGUCACCAGUUUCAGCAACUUUCACUGAAAAGGAUUCUUCACAAAGAAGUAGUACAGGUGGAAGUCCAAAUACCCUCACUAUGCCACUUAAUAGCCCAGAGACAGGUAAGGUAUCGCCUAUGCCUGAAUCUCCAGUCGGUAUUGCGUUACCACUUAAUCAAGAUGGACAUAAGGGACAUGCUGUUGGUGGGAAAACACCAAGUCUAUCAUCCGCAGCUGGUAGUUUCGAUCUUUCCGUUUUAAGGCCUAGGAUAAGAGCUAGAGCGGCAACUGUUGGUACAGCAGAUGUAUACCAAGAUAAAGAUAAUAAAGAGAAUGAUCAAGAUUCUACAGCCUUGAAAUUAUCAUUUGGUGGUAACAAGCCAAGUAUCAGUAGUAUACAGAGAGAUGACAUGUCGAUAGCUUCCAUGACUUCAGGAUCUGAAUUGAAUGGAUCAGCAAUGUCAAUGAGGAGCAAUACAGAUGACGGUUUUGGUAAAGCUGGUACAUCGACACCCGCUACAGUUCACAGUUGGGUUUUAGAUGAGAAGAGUCCUAUAAAAGAGAAACCAAAAUUUGAAUUGGGUGAUGAGACAGAAAGUGAAAAUGAAGAUGUAGAUAGUCUCCCACCAUUACCGGUUACCCAGGUGCGCGCUCGUCAACGUCAAAGGGCUUUCACAACAUCAGCUACUCAAUCUCCAAUAAAGUCAUCGUUCGAUAAUGAAUUGAAACCGACUGUUAACUUCGGUAAAUAUGAAAUAGUUAGGGGUGGUCCAAAUGAUAAGAUUAUGGGCGCAACUUUGCCUUCACUUGUUGAAUUACUCACACCUCAUGAUACUACACUAGAUGUUAAUGUGUUAGAAACCUUCAUGAUGACAUUUAGACUCUUCACGUCCCCUAAGCAAUUAGCCAUAGAACUGAGAAAUAGAUUCGAAAAGGCUGAUGAUAUCGAAGAUAAAACUAUCAGUGAUCCUAUACGAUUGAGAAUAUUCAAUUUGGCCAAAUUGUGGCUUGAAGUACAUUGGCAAGACAGAGAAGACUAUAGCGCUCUUGAAGCUAUCGAAUAUUUGGGAAUUACCGCCAACACAAUGAGCACAUUCAAUGCUUCGGCCGAUGUUUUGUUGAAACUCACAGACAAGCGCAGAUAUGAGCAUGAAAAUAUGACAUCAGCUAACCAAAAUGCUCACUCAUAUAAUUCAAUUAGCAAGCAGACGAAGUCUAAGAGACAAGCAGGUCAGAAUUCUCUUAAAUCAUUCAUAAACUAUCAAUUCACUGAGUCCAAUUCUUCCAUCAAGAAUAGAAAUAGCCGGAGUUCAAUGGGUAGUACCACUGAUCAAGCACCAAUACCACAAAUUAGUAGAUCACUGCUUAAUCAUCUUAAAUCACCCCAAGGCCUUACUUCUGCUCCAUUACCUACCGACUUCGAGCCGAUUGAGAUGGCUAGACAAUUGACUAUAAUGGAGAGUAGACUCUAUCAAUGUGUCACAGUUGAUGAGUUGCUCAGCGUGAAUGAAGGCGGUAGCACGAAGAAAGGUGUCGAUGUUCAUGUCGUGAGACCCGCUUUGAAGGCUAUGAGUGAAUUCACGACCCGUGUUACAUCCUGGGUCAGUGAGUCUAUCCUCAGGGAAGAUGAGGCCAGAAGGAGAGUACCACCGAUCAAAUUCUGGAUUAAAGUAUGCAAGCACUCGCUUUCACUCAAUAAUUAUGGUCUUCUUAUUGCUAUUGUUUGUGGUUUAACUACGUCGACUAUUGGUAGAUUAAAGCGAACGUGGGAGCUUGUUCCAGUAAAGCAUCGUAAUCUUUUGAACAAUUUGAAUACCCUUGCUGCUUGUGAUAGGAACUACGCAGUCUACAGGGCAAGGUUGCGCUCAACCCAAUUGCCGGCAUUACCAUAUGUUGGUUUGUUUUUGUCUGAUUUGACGUUCGUACACGUUGGUAACAAGCCAACGCGGCCAUCAAUGGUUGAUAGCAGGAGACAGGUUAUCAACUUCGACAAAUAUGAGAAACUUAAAAAUAUCAUUAAAGAGUUUAUGAAAUUCCAAGAACCAUUCAGGUUGACAGAGAUAACGGAAUUUCAGACAUACCUCCAUAGGGCGUUAACGCAUAUAGAAGCAAGUAAUGAAUCUGCACAAGAUCUAUACAAUAGAAGUUGUGCACUUGAGCCAAAGAACUCUAAUUUAGGAAUGCAGAAAGUGAAGGGCAACGCGUCGGUCGAAUCACUGAGACAUUCGGUCGAUCGCAAGGAGUUAUUUGGUUGGACAAGAAGACAUUAAUAGAUAAUUCACAAACAUUAAACACGCUUUAAUAGAGAUAUGGAAUAUAUUAUACAAUCACGACUAGUUUCUACUUUUUUCUUUCACGCUUCUCUCAUUUUCUAGUGAAGACCUAUGUACGAAUUCGCAAAUGUAUUAUGAUUUGUCAUACAAUAAAUCACGUAAUAA